AUGUCUGUAUUUGGUGUGGACUUCGGCAACCUUAAUUCUACCGUCGCAAUCACGCGCCGUGGUGGGGUCGACAUUGUGACAAAUGAAGUGAGUAAACGAGAAACGACUACCAUUGUUUCUUUUGUAGAUAAUGAACGUUUUAUUGGUGAACAGGGUGUUGAUCGCUACGUCCGGAAUGCGCAAAACACGGUGUUUCUGCUCAAGCGCUUUGUUGGAAUGCGCAUGGAUGACCCCUCGCUUGCGACAGAACGUCGCUUCCUGACCUGCCAAAUACAAGGCGACAAAAAUGGUCGACUGAUGUUUGGUGUGAACUACUGCGGCACUAUGACCUACUUUUACCCAGAGCAGGUUUUGGCUAUGCUUCUUCAGCGACUUCGUCUCUACGUGAAUGCGGCUGCCGCCUCGGAUGCAAAGGUGCCUGUUGACGUUCGUGAUUGCGUAUUAACUGUUCCUUGCUACUAUACCUCAGAACAGCGGCGUCUCAUGUUGCAGGCGUGUGAGAUUGCUGGACUGCACUGCUUGUCACUUGUCAAUGACACCACCGCGGCGGGCAUUGACUACGGCAUCUUCCGCGGCUCUUCCUUGGCGGAAGCGGUGGAGGAGGGGCAGGUGGUUGGUAUUCUUGACAUUGGGUACGGCACCACCAUCUUUGCCGUUGCGAAGUUCUGGCGCGGUCACCUGAAACUGCUCGGCCGCACCUUUGACCGCCACCUUGGAACCCGCGACCUUGACUACGAGCUCCUCAAGUACAUGGUAGAGGAGGUGAAGAAGAAGUACCAUGUGGACGUGACCACGAACAAGCGGGCGAACCUUCGACUUUUGCAGGCCUGUGAGCGUCUAAAGUAUCUUCUCUCCGGCAACCAGGUGGCGCAGCUGAACGUGGAAAAUAUCAUGGACGUCGACGUUAACAUUCCUUCCUUUCAGCGGAGCACGUUUGAGGAGCUCUCGGCGCCGCUGUUGGAACGCUUUAAGGAAGUCGUCCGACGAGGCUUUGAGGUGUCUGGGGUGCCACCGGAAAAGUUCCACAGCAUUGAAAUGAUUGGCGGCGGUUGCCGCAUCCCGAUGUUUAAGCGAGCAACAGAGGAGCUCUUGGGACGCCCACCCAGUUUUACACUUAAUGCGUCGGAAACAGCUGCUCGUGGUGCAGCCAUCACUGCGGCCAUCUUCUCCCCAACCUUCAAGGUACGUGAGUUUGUCGUGAGUGAACUGCCAACGUAUCCGGUUAAGCUUGCGUAUUACAUGGAGAACGCUCAGAGCACAAGUGUUGUGCCAUUUUUGCCUGAUGUCAACAAGGUGGUGACCGUGCUGGGCGAGAAGGACCACUUCCCAAAGCUGUUGGAGAUUACCAUCAAACGUCGGGGUGGGUUUAAGUUGUACGCCUUCUACGACUACGAGAAUCCGAUUGUGAAGGCGAAUAUGCCGUUGGGGGAAUACAUCAUUGGGGAGUGGGAGGUCGGAAAACCGCCAAAGGACUCAGCCGCGACGGAGGUGCGUGUGCGUGUGAAUCUGCUUGCCAACGGCCUUCUUCACGUUGAAUCCGCCGUUUCUGUGGAGACGUAUGAAGUGGAAGAGCCCGCGAAAGAGGAACCCGCGAAGGAGGCGGCGGCCACAGACGCGAAGAGCGCGGAGGCUAAGAAGCCCGAAAACGAGGAGGAGACAAGUGAAAACAAGGCACCUGAACAGAAAAUGGUGAAGAAGCAUAAGCAGCGGCGUAUUGAGCUGACCGUGACCCCGCGCCUUGACGUGAUUGGUCUUCCUGGGGACAUGGUGUUGCUCUUCCAAAAACAAGAGGCGGAGAUGAGCGAACGCGACUCCCUCUACACCAGGACACGGGAUAGCAAGAAUGAGCUGGAGAGUUACAUCCUUGACAACCGCCCACGCAUUUCCGAUGGUGGCCUCCUCGCAGAAUAUGUGACAAAAGAACAGCAGGCGACUUUUGUGCAACUCUGCAAUGAGUACGAAAACUGGCUCUACGAAGAGGGCGCCGAUGCGGAACUAAGUGCCUACGAGGGGAGAGUCAAGAUACUCCGCAACAUCGCCGACGCUGCGAAUGCACGACACCUGAACUUUGAGGAUAUUUCGUUUGCGCUGGAAGUCUAUAAGAAGGAGGUUUGCAAGGCCCGUGAGUUGGCACUGCACACCAUUGGAAAGACGGAGCACAUUGCUGAGGAGGAGCUUCGCGAAGCGGCGCAGAAGUGCGACGAAGCCUUGGAAUGGGCGGAGCGGGAGGUGAAGAAGUAUCAGCAGGCCCCAAAGACGGAGGCGCCCACCAUCACUCGCGGAGACCUGCAGGCAAAACAGGCGGUGGUCAUUGAGGGUGUGAACGCGGUGGUGAAACGCCCUGCACCGCCGAAGCCAAAGGAGACGAAACCCGCGGCUGCUAAUCCCGCUGCGGGCAGCGGGAACGGGGAGGAGGCGGAGGCGGUGAAGACACCGCCGGCGGGAACCAAGCCCCCUUCUGCCGAGAAUGAAGAGGCGCCGAAAGGUGCGGAUGACUUGGACUGA